AUGUUGCUUCACGCCCAGCUCCUUCUCUCCUUCCUUCUCAUCUCUGGAAAAGCCGUCCAAGCUGGUUUCUUUGACGACAUCAAAUCGGCUUGGGACCCUGUAGAAAGUGAAGUCAAAUGCUUCUUUGGUAACGAGGAUUCCUGCAAGAGUACUAGCACCGAUGCCCCAGCGCCCACUACUCCCGCAGUUGUACCUACAAGCGUACCUGCGAAACCCACAAAAUCAGACGAAGGCGAAGAUGAACCCGAACCAACAACAGCGCCGAAACCGAGCAAAUCAGAAUCGCAACCGGGGACGACAGCUCCGCCCAAGACAACCUCUGUAGCCAAAACCUCAACCGCUGAGCCAACCAGCACAGCCGAAGAGAGUAGUGUCACAACAGAAGCACCAAGCUCAACCCUCACAACAAAAGUUUUGACAACAACUUCAGUCGAAUCUUCAACGGAAGCACUUGACACUGCUCCGGCCGCCACGACCUCUUCCUCAAGCCAAGCCUCAGAAGGGUCGUCUGACGGUGGCACCAUAAAACCCGGCAUAGUUGCCGCCGGUGUCGUAGUCGGGGUAGUCGUAUUUGCACUCGUAGGUCUUGUUGUAUCACUUGUAUAUAGGAGAAGAUGGCGCGAGAAACAAGCAGCCAUCACGAAGGCGAGGGAGGAGCAAAUGGACUUUGGGAAAACUGGGGUAUAA